GUGAGAAUAUCGAAAAAAGUUUUCUUGUUUUCAUCAAAAGCUAUUUGAAAGUUUAUAAGAUAGUGUAAGCAAAUAAAAAGAAGCUAUGAACGAGGAUGGCCUUCUUAGAUCUCCCUUUCAUGUUCAAGGCGUUCCGGUUUAAUAGACUUGUAGUUGGAGAUGGAAGGAGAGGGAAGAAGAAGAAACCAUCAUGGUUAACUCCUGUUUCUCACGGAUACUAUACCGUUGACCGGUCAAGCUAUAUCGACCAUUCAUCGAAUGAUGAUUCGGUUUUUGUACAGAGAGAGCAGCAAAAUGAAGAGCUUGAGGUUUGGUUAUUUGGAGUUUCGAGUGCUGAAACAGGGAAAGAGAUGGUCAAAUAUAUGCAAAACCAUUUAUUUGAUAAGCUCCCGGAUGAGCUCGGAAUUAUGAGAAAGUGUAAAGAGACAAUGAGAAGAGCAUACGCUGAGGAAGAGAGAACCGGUGGCUCAGCUGCUUUGGUGGCCGUGGUGAAUGGAGAGAAGCUAGCUAUGGCGAGUAUAGGCGGCCAUAGAGUGGUGGUUUGUAUAGACGGCGAGGCUUAUCAAAUCAGAGAUAAGAACCGAAGAUACUUAACAAAAAAUUGGUCACAACUUCUCUUUCCAGUUUGUAGACAAGGAGAAACAGAAGAUGAAUCAGAUCCAAGAAAUUCAGAACUUGUAGUUGUUACAGAAAAUAUUAAUUCAGAUACAGAGUUUAUCAUUAUCGGUAGCUAUGGGAUUUGGGAGGUGAUGAAGAAUCAAGAAGCGAUUAACCUAAUCAGACACAUAGAAGAUCCUAAAGAAGCUGCAAAAUGUUUAGCUAAAGAAGCUGCAAACAGGAUUAGCAAAAGCAGUAUUUCUUGUGUUGUAAUCCGGUUCGACUAAACCUGAAAUUCAAAGUCAUUAUCUUUUAGGGGAAAUUUUAUAAUAUAAAUUACUCAUUAUCGUCAACGUAUUGGAAAGUAGAAAGAAAUCGAAAAUGAUCCAAGUCAUAAAUAAAAUCAUGAAGCAAAUGAA